AUGCGCUCUCUCAUCAAAUCCCAAUCCGCCGCAGUCUGCAGUUUUCUCGUGCUCGCCGUCUUCUUCUUGUGCUUUCACACCUCCCGCAUCCAGCAGGAAUACCAACGCCAAGACCGCUAUCUCCGCAUCAGCCUCGCAGAACAGUCUGAACAGAACCAGAGACUACAGGACGCCCUCCGACAGCAGCAGGCUGUCCUGGCUGCUCCCUCUCCUCCGGACGACCACAGCGGCUUCGCCUACGCCUUCUACGCUACCGCCGACAGCUAUGCCUGUAGUGUGCUGGUCAACAUCGAGAGGCUCCAAUACCUGCACGCGCGAUAUCCCGUCCACAUUCUCGCCUCUUCCGCCCUAUCCCAACCCUAUCUCGAUGCCUUUGAAGCCCAUGGCGCCGUCGUCCAUAUUGAGGAGCCGCCUCCUCUCCCGGCCAGCAGAUCGGGAUACUACGACGACUGCCUGUUGAAGCUGCUUUCCUUUAAGCUCCACCAAUUGAGCCCCGGCUUGCAGCGUGUGCUGGUCUUUGACUCGGAUCAGUUCAUCAUGCGAAACCUCGAUGACCUCUUCACCGCUCUCCCCGCCGUGGAUCUCGCCAGUCCACGAGCCUAUUGGUUGGGAAAAGACGUCCUGGCCACGACAUUCAUGAUGAUCAGUCUCUCCGACCGGCUGUGGGACGCAGUGAGCGACGCUCUGUCCCACCUGGAAGAGGGCGAUUUUGACAUGGACGUCAUUAACAAAUUGCUCGGCGACCAAGUGAUGAUGUUGGGAGGCGAGUACGUCGCGCUGAAUUCCCAUUGGGAAGACUGGAAUCUGCCCAAAUGG